UGAAAUUAGGCUACAGUUCCAUUAGUCCACCACUCCACCCGCUUUUUCCUCUCUCGGCCGAGGAAAUGAUACUACUGCUAUACUCUUUUUAAUGCUGCAGAAAUUUGUUGAUCAUCAGAUCAAAAAAAUCAAUUUGAUUCAACUCAGUCAUUUUGUCCUGAUCCUCCAUAGACGCACCUCGAACUCAACCAGCCGUCAGAAGCGCUUCUAAAUUACCACGAUACCCCUGUCUUUUGCAUUUGCUUCUCACAGUCUUCACUUGGUUGCAUCACUCUGCAAACCGUCGGAAGAUCAAGCCUAGUUUUUGAUUGUGCAGCUCGGAACACGUGUGUCCGGUGAUUAAUUUGUGCGGUUCAUCCUUUCCAUGUUGGACAUGGUUGAUUGGAGUGUGCUGGAUAAGCUGCGGAUGGCGGAUGGGUAGAUUUAGGGCUUGUUUGGGGAAGAGAGAAUUCGUUUUGUGACGUCACGGAACGGCGAUAGGAUGAGCAACCCUGACGUCAGCCGAGCUGGUGGUCCAGUCGAGAGAGAUAUUGAGCAGCACCGCAGCAUGCAAGCGCCCUUGUCUUUCCCCGCAAGGAAGACCACAAGAUCAUGUUUGCUUGAUUUUGGUUUUCAAAAGGCCCCAAAAGUUAAUUCUAGAAAAUAUCUUGUAAGAGUGUCCGGUUUGAGCAAGCUGUGGAAACUGAAAGAACACUUGAAUGAAAUCACUGGAGCAGACACAACAUAUGAUUCUGGGUCCAUGCCAAAGUUUGUUUUGCUUUCAAUGUGCUCUUAUAUGUUUUCGUGGUUUUUACAACAGGCAAUUACUGCUCUUAAGAAAGGUGCUCACUUGCUCAAUUUUCUGUUGCCUUAUGGGGACAGAGCUGUGACUCUUGCUUUGAUUUGUUUGAUUAGAUUCUCUUUACUCGUGUAUGUUCUUGUGAAUGCAUUGAGAAGAUCUAAUGACUCGAUGCCCUUUCUUCAGGAUGAAUCUGUUUUGCUAUGGUACUCGGGUAAAGAAGAGAAAAAACUUAAACUUAGUCAUGUGUCAAGGAUUAUAUCUGGUCAGCGGACUCCAAUUUUUCAGAGGUAUCCACGGCCUGAGAAGGAAUAUCAGUCCUUUUCGCUUAUAUACAAUGACAGAUCCCUUGAUUUGAUAUGCAAGGAUAAGGAAGAAGCAGAGGUAUGGUUUAGCGGGCUUAAAGCAUUGACUUCCCGCAGUCAUCAACGUAGGUGGAGAACAGAAUCGAGGAGUGAUGGAAUUUCAUCUGGAGCAACUAGUCCUAGAACAUACACUAGAAGAAGUUCUCCACUUAAUUCCCCAUUCGGAAGUGCUGAUGGCUUGCACAAGGAUGGAUCUAGUCAAAUUCGCCUCCAUACUCCCUAUGACAGUCCUCCAAAAAAUGGUCUGGACAAGGCAUUUUCAGAUGUUGCUUUGUAUGCUAUGCCAUCCAAGGGUUUCUUCCCUUCAGAUUCUGCCAGUGCUUCUGCCCAUUCAGUUUCAUCGGGAGGCUCGGACAGCAUGCACGGUCAAAUGAAAGGAAUGGCAGUGGAUGGCUUUAGAGUAAGUCUCUCCAGUGCUGUAAGCUCAUCGAGUCAAGGCUCUGGUAAUGACGAUGCCGAUGCCUUGGGGGAUGUUUUCAUUUGGGGAGAAGGAACGGGUGAUGGAAUAAUUGGCGGUGGGCCCCACAGAGUGUGUAAUAGUUUCGGUAUCAAGAUGGAUUCAAUGCUGCCCAAGGCAUUGGAAUCUGCAGUCGUGUUAGAUGUUCAGAACAUCGCUUGCGGUGGGCGGCAUGCCUCCCUGGUGACAAAACAAGGAGAGAUAUUCUCUUGGGGUGAAGAGUCGGGAGGUAGGCUCGGUCAUGGUGUGGAUGCUGAUGUCAUGCACCCUAAGCUAGUCGACACGCUUAGUUGCACAAACAUCGAGCUUGUUGCUUGCGGUGAGUAUCAUUCUUGUGCAGUCACACUUUCAGGCGAUUUGUACACGUGGGGCAAUGGUCAUUUUGGCCUCCUGGGGCACGGGAAUGAAGUGAGUCACUGGGUGCCCAAAAGAGUUAAUGGACCUCUGGAGGGGAUACACGUGUCUUCAAUUUCAUGCGGGCCUUGGCAUACAGCUGUCGUGACAUCCGCAGGACAGUUGUUUACCUUUGGAGAUGGAACUUUCGGUGUUCUUGGGCAUGGAGAUAGGGAAAGUACUUCAGUACCUAGGGAAGUGGAGUCCCUGAAGGGCCUCCGCACUGUACGGGCGGCAUGUGGUGUUUGGCAUACUGCUGCUGUUGUUGAGGUUAUGGUUGGGAGCUCGAGUUCCAGUAAUUGUUCUUCUGGCAAGCUUUUCACGUGGGGAGAUGGUGACAAGGGCCGACUCGGGCAUGGGGACAAGGAAUCGAGACUUGUCCCGACGUGUGUUGCUGCACUUGUCGAACCAAAUUUUUGCCAGGUGGCAUGUGGACAUAGCCUGACCGUUGCUCUUACGACUUCUGGCCAUGUAUACACUAUGGGCAGCCCGGUUUACGGGCAGCUGGGAAACCCUCAAGCUGAGGGGAAGCUCCCUUCCCGUGUUGAAGGUAAACUUACGAAGAGUUUUGUGGAGGAGAUAGCAUGUGGGGCCUAUCAUGUGGCUGUGUUGACUUCAAGAACUGAAGUUUAUACGUGGGGAAAGGGUGCAAAUGGAAGAUUGGGUCACGGGGAUGUGGAUGAUAGGAACUCCCCAACUCUGGUGGAAGCUUUGAAGGACAAGCAGGUAAAGAGUAUUGCAUGUGGUACUAAUGUUACCGCUGCUAUUUGCCUUCACAAAUGGAUCUCGGGGGUCGAUCAAUCCAUGUGCUCUGGUUGCCGCUUGCCAUUUAACUUCAAAAGAAAACGUCACAACUGUUACAACUGUGGGCUCGUGUUUUGUCAUUCAUGCAGCAGCAAGAAGUCGCUCAAGGCUUCCAUGGCGCCAAAUCCCAAUAAACCUUAUCGUGUCUGUGAUAAUUGUUUGAAUAAAUUGAAAAAAGCCAUUGAAACCGAUGCAUCGUCUCAUUCAUCUGUCAGCAGGCGAGGAAGUUUGAAUCCAGGGGCGAAUGAUGCUAUAGCCAAAGAUGAGAAGUUGGAUAUCAGGCCUCGUCCCCAGAUGGGUAGGUUCUCUUCAAUUGAAUCCUUCAAACAAGUAGAGAACCGCUCCUCAAAGAAGAACAAGAAACUGGAAUUUAACAGCAGCCGUGUAUCACCAAUCCCAAAUGGAAGCUCCCAAUGGGGAGGACAAAGUAUUUCAAAGUCGUUCAAUCCAAUAUUUGGGUCAUCCAAAAAAUUUUUCUCAGCUUCCGUUCCUGGAUCCAGAAUUGUUUCUCGAGCAACGUCUCCUAUAUCAAGACGAGCCAGUCCUCCUCGUUCGACUACCCCGACUCCUACUCUGGGAGGACUUACAUCGCCUAAGAUUAUGGUCAAUGAUGUGAAAACAUCAAACGAUAGUCUUAGCCAGGAGGUUAUAAAAUUGAGAGCACAGGUGGAGAAUCUAACAAACAAGGCUCAACACCAGGAGAUAGAGCUCGAAAAGACAACUAAACAGCUGAAGGAGGCAAUAGCAAUUGCAGGGGAAGAGACUGCUAAAUGCAAAGCGGCAAAAGAAGUGAUUAAGUCACUUACUGCACAACUGAAGGAAAUGGCUGAAAGGCUCCCUGUUGGUUCUGCCAGAAACAUCAAAGCCCCAUCCUUGGUCCCUAUUAGCCCGCUUUUGUCCAAUGAUGUCUCAAAUGCCUCUGUAGAUAUUUUGAAUGGUCAAAUAAAUGGCCAGGAACUGCAAUCGUAUGAACCAAACAACCAGCUUCUCUCUAAUGGGUCCAGCACAGCAAGUAAUCGCAAUUUGGUCCAAAACAGGCUGAGCCAAACGGAAGCACUAAUGAGAAACGGAAAUAAGAUGAAAGAGAGUGAUUCUGGCGCUGAAAAUGAAUGGGUUGAACAAGACGAGCCUGGUGUUUAUAUUACCCUUACGUCCCUGCAUGGAGGGCUCAAGGAUCUGAAAAGAGUUCGUUUCAGGUAUGUUGAUCUGGAACUUCAACCUUAA